AUGCCAAAGGAUCUCCUUCAUCCCUCUCCAGAAGAGGAGGAGAGGAGACACAAGAAGCAGCGCCUGGUGCAGAGCCCCAGUUCCUACUUCCCGGAUGUGAAAUGCCCGGGAGGCUAUAAAAUCACCGCCGUCUUCAGCCAAGCACAAACGGAAGUUCUGCGUGUUGGCUACUCCACUGUCCUCUGUCGGCCUGCAGGGGGAAGAGCCAGCCUGACAGAAGAAAAUUCCUUCCAGCACUAAAAGUACCCUGAAUCAAGACGCGUGGGGAACCAUCCCAACAAGCACAUCUUGGAUAAAAUAAAUAAUAUCUAAAAAUAAUAAUGAAAGAAAAUACACUGUCUUUUAUUAUACCACGCAGUUAAAGAAAGUCAAUUGAUCUACUAAUCAAAUUUCAAACCAUGAUUUCCACUAAGAGUUGGAGUGAAAUGAGUAACUCUCAUAAACAAAACAGAGUGACGACAUUUAUUAAAAUAAAGUCAGUGGUCAAAGAUAAAAUACAUAGCACAGACUUUAUAGCAUCAUGCAGAAUUUAAAACAUAAAACCAAACCCACCAAAAGAACGACGGCCCGAAGG